GUUGUGUUGUGCUGUGUUGUGUCUUUCGUGCAAUAUAGUAUGUUUCGUUUGCUUGUGAUCGCCGCCUUCUUGGCAGCCAGUGCACACGCCUAUUCCGAAGGAGCGCCUAGGGCCGCUUGUGGAGACCUCACACCCCAGCAUGGAGCCAAGCUGCAAACCAUAAAGCCACCCUACUCUAUAAGCGGACCCCCGCAUGUGCUCAAAGGCGAAACUGUGAAGCUUACACUUGGCGGUGAUAAGUUCCUCGGUUUCAUGAUCCAGGCUCGUGAUGGCCAGAAUCGUCCUGUUGGCCAAUUCAAGGUACUGGACACGAAGGCGCAAACCCUGGACUGCUCUGGACCACAGGACACUUUGACACAUCUGAGAGCUCAGAAGGAUAGCCCCAUUUCCGGUGUAUCCUUUGAGUGGCAACCACCGGCCGGCUACAAAGGCAACGUUAAAUUCAUGGCCACUGUAGUGCAAACCGGAUUUGUCUAUUGGGUGGGACGAGUCACCAAGGAUGUCGAUGUGGAGUAAACGCUGGUGUUCAGAUUAAGAAUUAUUCGUUUAUUAAGCUCAAUGCUUCUUAAUACAUUUGUGAUACAAAUUUGAUGAGAGUACUUCAAAUCUUUGAUUAUUAUUGAUGAUUUUAAUGCUCGAAGACAUUACAAACUAUGUUUUAGAAAUGUGUUGUUGUUAAACAAUGUUUUCUUGUAAUAAAGUCUCAGUCGGUUCUUAAUAUAACAAAAUA